UAAGCAGACAAGAGACAAACAAAUCAAUGGGCACUACUUGCACCAGCAUAAUGGAGAACUCACAGUCAGAACCUGGGGAGAAAAUGUCAUUUGAACAAAAGAUUUCUCAAGAUUUCAACACAGAUGGGUAUUUGGGCCCUCACCAUCAAACAUUUGGACAAGGUCUGUUUUCAGAGGGACGUGGAUCUGCGUUUCCACAUCACCGACUGGUUGUACUCAGUCUGGGCCUGCUGAAUGCUGUCCUGCUGAUAGCUGCUGUUGUCCUUGGGAUUUACUGUGCCCAAGGCGAUUACGUUCAGGUUCCUAAUUCAGCUGCUACACCCCUCAUCAUUGAGAUGAACUAUCUCCGCAACCACAGUGAUAUCAUCAGAACUAAAUUGGAGGCCCAGGCAGCAAUAGCAAAAGAGCGUGCCAGCCAUGUGCAACUAAAGCUGCAAAUAAAGCAGCAGAAGACCCUCACUGACAGCCUUCAGAGACAGAUCGAGACACUACAUACAGAGAAGACAAAUCUGCAGUCUAAUAAAACUACCUUAGAGGAAAGCUGUGGCAGAUGCCUACCAAGAUGGAUUCUUCUUAAAUCAUCCUGCUAUUAUUUUUCUUCGCGCCAUGUGUCCAACUCUAAAAAGAACUGGCUGGAUAGCAGAGCAGACUGUAUUAGUCAAGGGGCCGACCUUCUUGUGAUUAAUAACUUGGAGGAGCAGCAACUCAUGAGUGACAACUUUCCAAAGCAGAGCGGCAGCAGUGUGUGGUGGGCGAACGGAUUUUGGAUCGGCCUCACUGAUGUGGUGAUAAAGGGAACAUGGGUCUGGGUUAACAAUGUGACUGAGGUGGAAACAAUGUACUGGAGAAAUGGGAUGCCUGACCAUGAUGGACCUCUGAGGGGGAACUGUGCUGCUUUUUAUUACUUUGCUGGUAUCAAGACGUGGUAUAAUGGAAACUGCCACGACCAUCUAUUUAACUGGAUAUGUGAGAUGGAGCCAAGCAAGACAUGAAACCUCUCAAGUAGUAAUCACAAUAACUGGACAAUUCAUCUAUGUAAUAUCUUUCAAAUAAACAAACUGCAACUUGAUACAUUAGCGUACAUGUUGCAUGUGAUCAUUUUUAAGGUUUACACUUCUUAAGGCAUAUGUGGAACAACAACAGACAUCUAUGUGCAGUGCUAGUAUACAGAAGUUUCCCUACAGCAGACAAUGCCUUUUUUCUCUGUUAUGCUUUAGCAGUAAAUAGCUAUUCAAGGUGCGAAAAUGUCAAAAAUCUCUACAACACUCUAGCAGGACAAUACAACUGAAGAAACACCGGUCACUACACACAUCUGCUAAUGGUACCAUUUCAUUAACUUGAUGAUUCCUCUGAAAGUCUAUAACCAUAACUGAAUAACCAGCCUGAUAAGGCACACUAUGUCCAGUUGUUUAUAUAAGAAAAUGUCUGCCAUGUGAUGAUUUUAUGAAAUCAUGCUUGACUAAUUGAAAUAAAAAGUGACACCUAAA